UGCUGCGAAUCCGUGCGACGCCGGCUGGAACGUUAAACCUUCCUCUGCAGGGAUCAGCUCAACCUCCCAACUUGCGACGCCAAUCAUGGCUUGCCAUUUUCAAAGCCCAGCUAGUCCGAUGUCGCGCCCACGUUGUCUCGUCUCUACGAGCAGCACUGAGGAGCCAUGAGCCAUGAGCAUCAGCGUCCUUGUGAACCUGGGGCGGGACCUUUGACGUACAGAUGCUGCGCGGGGGAGUUUGAGAUGGGCCUGAUUCGUCUAUCAACCCCCAUCCUGCACUACCUACACUGCACUUCAGUCCGAGUAGCUGGAUGCUGGUGUUGCAUCUGGUUCUCGGUGCGAGAUUUGAGAUGUGAUUCCGUCCGUGUGCCAAUCACUAAUAACCAGUGUCCCUACAUACGUACAUGCAAACGCCAGAUUGUUGCUACGUUAAAACUCAUUUGUUGUAAUUUGGUGUGGUACGUGAAGUGACAGAGUGACUAUCAUCUAGGCUCUAGGUU